AUGCCAAGGAAACCCUCCAAGAUCCAAGAAAUGGGCGAAACAGAGAUGAAGGAUACCGACGCUUACGAGGAAGAGCUUCUCGACUACGAAGAGGAGGACGAGAAGGCCCCUGAUUCAGCCGGUGUUAAAGUCAACGGCGAAGCCGUUAAGAAGGGCUAUGUAGGAAUUCACAGUUCCGGAUUUAGAGAUUUUCUUUUGAAGCCAGAGCUACUUCGUGCUAUUGUGGAUUCAGGAUUUGAACAUCCUUCCGAAGUGCAACACGAAUGCAUCCCUCAAGCUAUUUUGGGCAUGGAUGUCAUUUGCCAAGCAAAAUCUGGUAUGGGAAAAACUGCUGUUUUUGUCCUUUCAACCCUGCAACAAAUUGAACCUGUAGCUGGUCAAGUAGCUGCCCUUGUUUUAUGUCACACAAGAGAAUUAGCUUAUCAGAUCUGCCAUGAGUUUGAAAGAUUCAGCACUUAUUUAACUGAUAUCAAGGUAGCUGUCUUUUAUGGUGGUGUCAACAUCAAGAUUCACAAAGAGCUUCUCAAAAAUGAAUGCCCUCAUAUUGUUGUUGGGACACCUGGAAGGAUUCUUGCACUUGCUAGGGACAAAGAUCUUGCUUUGAAGAGUGUGAGGCAUUUUAUACUUGAUGAGUGUGACAAGAUGCUCGAGUCACUCGACAUGAGGAGAGAUGUGCAAGAAAUUUUCAAGAUGACACCACAUGACAAACAAGUAAUGAUGUUUUCAGCAACUUUAAGCAAGGAGAUUCGACCAGUCUGCAAAAAGUUCAUGCAAGAUCCAAUGGAAAUUUAUGUGGAUGAUGAAGCAAAGUUGACUCUACAUGGUCUCGUACAGCACUACAUCAAAUUGAGUGAGCUGGAGAAGAAUCGAAAGCUGAAUGAUCUGCUGGAUGCGUUGGAUUUCAAUCAGGUUGUGAUAUUUGUGAAAAGUGUAAGCAGAGCAGCUGAGCUCAACAAGUUGCUUGUGGAAUGUAACUUUCCAUCCAUCUGCAUCCACUCUGGCAUGUCCCAGGAAGAAAGGUUGACUCGUUACAAGGGCUUCAAGGAAGGACACAAGAGAAUCUUGGUUGCAACUGAUUUAGUUGGAAGGGGUAUUGAUAUUGAACGUGUAAACAUUGUCAUAAACUAUGACAUGCCUGAUUCUGCUGAUACUUAUCUCCACCGUGUUGGUAGAGCUGGGAGGUUUGGAACCAAAGGUCUUGCCAUCACAUUUGUGUCGUCUGCAGCCGAUUCUGAUGUUCUUAACCAGGUUCAGGAGAGAUUUGAGGUUGAUAUCAAAGAGCUUCCUGAGCAGAUCGAUACUUCAACAUAUAUGCCAUCGUAGGAAAGCUUUUAGCAAAGAAGCAAACGAUGGGAUGAUGUCAAGUGUGCUCAACAGUGAUGAUGAUCAUUUUGAAGAAGAUGAAUGAUGAUAUUGUUUGCUCCUUAUGUUUUAUUAUAAAACAAUUAGAAACAUUGUUGUUGAGAGUGUCAAGGGGAUAUCUUGUCACAAGAUUUGUUGAGUUUUGUAACAUCUAUAAACUUGUUUUCCUAGUUCUUAUGUAGCUCAAGUAGGGAGAGUUGUUUGUUGUUGACCUGUUUUUAUUUGCUGAAUGGUGCAACUUAUGAUGCGUCAAGUACAAGUUGAUGUAGCGUUAAAAAUCUUUUUCUUGUUUGAUUAGUCGCAAAAAAUUUCAUGAUUGUGAACGUGUCUUGUCUAAAUGACUG